UUUGUGACACUUAUAUCUCAAGCUAAGUCUUCAAACAAUUUCUCUUUUCACCUUUCACUUCUAAAUCACUCUUUCUUUUGUGGCCUUGUUGAAUUUCUCAAUCAUGAGAAAAGCUUCCAAUUUGCAAAGGCCACUUUUGGCCUUCUGGGUUCCUUUGUUGCUUCUUGUCACCUUUUGUUAUGCUACUUCUGUUGUAGCAAGAAAUGAUCCUUCAGGAAACCAAGUGAACACAGAUGGGAAGCUUGCAAAUGAAGAGGCAACAAAGACAAACCUAGAAGGACAUAAUGAAGAAGAAAAAUUCAAAGGACUUUUUCAUCUUAAACACAAACUCAAAGGAUAUUUUCACCAAAAACCAAUUUUCAAGAAACCAAUUCCAUUUUAUAAACCUAUUCACAAAGAUAUUCCAUAUUACAAACCUAUACCAAAAUACGUUCCAAUCUAUAAGCCAAUCCACAAACCAAUUCCCAUUUACAAGCCUAUUCCAAAGGUAAUUCCAAUUUACAAGCCUAUUCCAAAGGUAAUUCCAAUUUACAAGCCUGUUCCAAUUUACAAGCCUAUUCCAAAGGUAAUUCCAAUUUACAAGCCUAUUCCAAUUUACAAACCUAUCCCAAAGGUAAUUCCCAUUGUAAAGCCAAUCCAUUAAGAUUAUCAUGCUUGGAAAAUAAGUUUCAUUCCUAAAAGCCUUUUCACAUAAAUAGCUACACCUAGCUAUAUCUUAGUACUAUUUUAAUUGUGUUUGCAUAAAUUAUCCUACUUAUCUUGUGUAAUUUUUUAUUUGGAGGAAACUUAUCUUGUGUAUUAGUUAAUGCUUUCACCUUAAUAAAGUUCUCAGUUUGCCAAUUUA